AUUUAAGCUGGUCAGAUAUAGCAGAAGUCUUCCUCUUCUUCCUCUUCUUUUUCCUCUUCUUCUCCUUCUUCUUUUAUUCGGGAAUAUUGUCCAAAGCGCAAGACACAUUUCCUUAAGAGAAACCAGGUCCGCGUGGACAGAGAGUGUGUGUGUGCGUGUGUGUGUGUGUGCGUGUGUGUGUGUGAUGCGCUGAGGAAGAGGAGGGGGUGUUCCUUUAGCUCGGUUCUUCAGUUUUUCUGCGCGUUCCUGACUCAAACCCACACUGAUGUGAAGCGAUGCGGAUUAUUGUCCGCGUUUCCUCUCCGAAUCUGUGUGGCACGAAAGCAUCACAAUCUGACUUCGCCGCUGCGGAUGUUACAGAGUUAAAUAAAUUACUAUCGGUGUUUUCCGCCCUUUCUGCGCUCGGUGCGAGGGAGACUCGGUGACUCGUUGUUGUGUAUCGCGAUGCUGAGAGGGGCGGUAUCUCCACGACUCGGGGCGCACGGAGGCUCAGGAGCGAGGAGCUGAGUGAUGAGAAAGAGGACGCGGCGCUGUGGAGGAGGAAGAAGAUAAGCAGCAGCAGCAGCAGCAGCGUUUCACGGGAUGGCGCGGUUCGGAGAGCCCGGUUUGCCCGGUGGGGGAUCGGUGGCCCGGGGCGGAAGCAGGCAGGGAACUCAGCGCGUGUACAAGCAGUCAAUGGCGCAGAGAGCGCGUACCAUGGCGCUGUAUAACCCCAUCCCCGUGCGCCAGAACUGUCUCACCGUCAACCGCUCUCUCUUCCUGUUCAGCGAGGACAACGUGGUCCGGAAGUAUGCCAAGAAAAUCACAGAGUGGCCUCCAUUUGAGUGGAUGAUAUUAACGACCAUUAUUGCUAACUGCAUUGUUUUAGCACUUGAGCAGCAUUUACCUGUCUAUGACAAAACACCGCUUUCAGAACGACUGGACGACACUGAGCCGUACUUCAUAGCGAUUUUCUGUUUUGAGUCUGGCAUUAAGAUCCUGGCUCUGGGUUUUGCCUUCCAUAAGGACUCGUACCUGCGCAAUGGCUGGAAUGUCAUGGACUUUGUUGUGGUGCUUACUGGUAUUUUAUCCACUGUUGGUUCUGAGGUUGAUUUGCGGACACUGCGUGCGGUCAGAGUUUUGAGGCCUCUCAAGCUUGUCUCAGGAAUUCCAAGCCUACAGGUGGUGUUGAAGUCCAUAAUGAAGGCAAUGAUCCCUCUGCUACAGAUUGGUGUUCUGCUAUUUGUUGCAAUCCUCAUGUUUGCCAUCAUUGGCCUUGAAUUCUACUCUGGAAAAUUCCACAAAGCCUGUUAUGACAAUGCCACAGGAGAGCUUCUUGAUGAUCAGCUGUGUGGUGAUGAGUUACCAGCACGGGUUUGUCCUUCUGGAUCCGUAUGUAUUGACAAGUGGCUUGGACCAAAUUAUGGAAUAACGCAGUUCGACAACAUUCUGUUUGCUGUGCUCACUGUGUUCCAGUGCAUCACCAUGGAGGGCUGGACAGACAUGCUUUAUUAUAGUAAUGAUGCUUUAGGAAGCACUUGGAACUGGCUUUACUACGUCCCGUUAAUUAUCAUUGGCUCUUUCUUUAUGCUGAACUUGGUGUUGGGUGUGCUGUCUGGUGAGUUUGCUAAAGAAAGGGAACGAGUUGAGAACCGCAGUGAGUUUCUAAAGUUGCGGAGACAGCAGCAGAUCGAGAGAGAACUGAAUGGAUAUCUAGAAUGGAUCUGCAAAGCAGAGGAAGUGAUCUUGGCUGAAGAUGACACUACAGGAGGCCGUAUGAAUUGCUCUCGCCGCAGACCCACUAUAAAAAAGAGUAAAACUGAUUUGCUGAACCAGGAGGGAGGACAGGAUCACAUGGGGGAUGCAGAGGGUCUGAAAGCAGAUGGCUCCAGUUUUAGCAAGAAAGAGCGGCGCUUCCGUAUCCUUAUACGUAAGAUGGUAAAAACUCAGGCAUUUUAUUGGACCGUCCUGAGCCUUGUUGGUCUGAACACACUCUGUGUCGCUGUCGUUCACUACGACCAGCCCGAACUGCUGUCCGACUUUCUAUUCUACGCAGAGUUUAUAUUUCUGGGCCUCUUCAUGAUGGAGAUGUUGAUAAAGAUGUAUGGAUUGGGGACAAGGCCCUACUUUCACUCCUCCUUCAACUGUUUUGAUUGUGCUGUGAUUGUCGGCAGCAUAUUUGAAGUGGUCUGGGCAAUGAUAAAACCUGGCACUUCAUUUGGGAUCAGUGUACUGCGAGCUCUGAGAUUGCUCCGGAUCUUCAAAGUUACCAAGUACUGGGCUUCACUACGUAAUCUGGUGGUGUCUCUGCUGAAUUCGAUGAAGUCCAUUAUCAGCCUUCUUUUCCUCCUCUUCCUCUUCAUAGUGGUGUUUGCCCUUCUGGGGAUGCAGCUGUUUGGGGGACAGUUUAACUUUGACCAGGGAACUCCUCCUACAAAUUUUGACACCUUUCCUGCAGCCAUUAUGACUGUGUUUCAGAUCCUGACAGGUGAGGACUGGAAUGUUGUCAUGUAUGAUGGGAUUCAAUCUCAGGGAGGUGUUCACAAAGGAAUGAUCUCCUCUGUGUUCUUCAUCGUACUCACCCUUUUUGGCAACUACACACUGCUGAAUGUCUUCUUGGCCAUCGCUGUGGAUAAUCUGGCUAAUGCUCAGGAACUCACAAAGGAUGAACAGGAAGAAGAGGAAGCUACCACACAGAAAAUUGCUCUCCAGAAAGCUAAAGAGGUCGCUGAGGUCAGCCCACUCACCGCUGCAAAUCUCUCCAUCGCUGCUAAGGAACAGCAGAAGAACUCAAAGCCUCCUAAGUCAGUGUGGGAGCAGCGCACCAGUGAGAUUCGCCGCCAGAACCUGAUGACCAGCAGAGAGGUGCUCUACAACGAACUGGAUUCUGAAGACCACUGGAAGCAGACAAAUUUUUGUAACCACCCUGACAUGAAGACACACUUAGAUCGCCCCCUGGUGGUGAACCCUCAGGAGAACCGCAACAACAACACCAACAAACCCAGACCAGAGGAACUAGGACAGCAUGACCACCACAUCUCCCCCCCACCAAGUUACCAACAGUGCCCAUGCCACAGACACUGCACACACACCCAGGAGGACAAGGGCAGGAAGCAUAGGAGACACCAUCACAGUAACCAUGGAGACAGGGAAAGGAGGAAGGAAAGGUGCAGCAGCGGUCACUCAAGGAAUCAGUGCAGUGAGGUCGUGGAUAACGUGAGGAACAACAGCAUGCUGAUUCUUCAUGACCAAGAGCUCUGCCUCCAUCAUCCAUACAACCCAUAUGAUGCCUAUGAUCCCUGUUAUGACUCUGAAUUGACCAAUAAUGUGCUGAAUCUGAGGGGGCGGAGCUUACCAGAUAGUCUUCUCAUCCUCACUGACCCAAUGAAGUGCCCCAGUAAAGAGUUUAUAGCCAUCGACAUGCAGCCGCUGUACCCUUCACUCAUAGGCCAGCUGCAGGUGAAUAAGAAUGCAAACACUGAAACAACUAAAGAUGGUGAGAAGAAAGAGGAGGAUGAUGAUGGAGGUGAUGAAGAUGGUCCCAAACCCAUUCCGCCGUUUAGCUCUUGCUUUAUCAUGUCUCCUACCAACCCGUUCCGUAAAUGCUGCCACUACAUUAUGACUCUGCGUUACUUUGAGAUGUGUAUUCUGUCUGUAAUCGCUAUGAGCAGCAUCGCACUUGCAGCAGAGGAUCCAGUCUGGCCUGAGUCACCUCGGAACAAUGUUCUUCGCUACUUUGAUUAUGUCUUCACUGGUGUCUUCACUUUUGAGAUGCUGAUUAAGAUGGUGGUGCUGGGUAUGGUUCUUCAUGAAGGAGCUUAUUUUCGUGAUCUCUGGAAUUUUCUGGACUUUAUAGUGGUUAGUGGCGCUCUGGUGGCAUUUGCCUUCUCGGGAAGCAGUAAAGGCAAAGACAUCAGCAUCAUUAAAUCCCUGAGAGUGUUACGUGUCCUGCGACCACUCAAGACCAUCAAACGUCUCCCUAAACUGAAGGCUGUGUUUGAUUGUGUGGUGAAUUCUCUGAAGAACGUUUUGAACAUCCUGAUCGUCUACAUGCUGUUCAUGUUUAUCUUUGCUGUUGUGGCUGUGCAGCUUUUUAAAGGGCGAUUUUUCUGCUGCACAGAUGAGUCCAAAGAGUUUGAGCGUGACUGCCGGGGUGAGUAUCUGGUGUAUGAACGUGAGAAUGAGGUAAAAGCUCAGAAACGCGAGUGGAAGAAGUAUGACUUUCACUAUGACAAUGUUCUGUGGGCUCUGCUCACACUCUUCACUGUGUCCACAGGAGAGGGCUGGCCAGACGUGCUGAAGCACUCUGUGGACUCGACCUUUGAGAAUCAGGGUCCCAGUCCAGGUUACAGGAUGGAGAUGUCCAUAUUCUACGUUGUCUACUUUGUUGUGUUUCCGUUCUUUUUUGUGAACAUAUUUGUUGCUCUCAUAAUCAUCACCUUCCAGGAGCAGGGGGACAAGAUGAUGGAGGACUAUAGCCUUGAGAAGAAUGAGAGAGCAUGUAUUGACUUUGCAAUUAACGCAAAGCCACUAACACGUCACAUGCCAGAGAAUAAGCUGAGCUUCCAGUACCGAAUGUGGCAGUUUGUAGUGUCACCUCCAUUUGAGUACAGUAUCAUGAGCCUGAUUGCUCUCAACACCAUCGUUCUAAUGAUGAAGUAUCAUGAAGCUUCAGAAACGUAUGAUAAAGUAUUGAAAAACCUGAACAUCGUUUUCACCAUCCUCUUCUUCAUGGAGUGCAUCCUGAAAAUGAUCGCCUUCGGGAUUCGUAAUUAUUUCCGAGAUGCGUGGAACAUUUUUGACUUCGUGUCUAUCUUAGGCAGCAUCACAGACAUCUUAGUGACAGAGCUGUGGAACAACAUUAUCAACGUGAGAUUCCUUCGUCUGUUCCGUGCUGCUCGUCUCAUUAAGUUGUUGCGGCAGGGAGAGACAAUACGGAUCCUCCUCUGGACCUUUGUCCAGUCCUUCAAGGCUCUGCCGUAUGUUUGCCUGCUUAUUGCCAUCCUCUUCUUCAUUUAUGCCAUCAUUGGCAUGCAGCUCUUUGGUAAUUUAGCAUUAGAUGAAGACGGAGAAAGUGCAAUAAAUGAACACAACAACUUCAGAACUUUCAUCAUGGCACUGAUGCUCUUGUUCAGGAGCGCUACAGGUGAAGCGUGGCAUGAGAUUAUGUUGUCAUGUUUGGGUGGGAUGCCAUGUGACAUUGCUUCAGGAAACCAGACGGACGAGUGUGGCAGCAACGUUGCCUACGCUUACUUUGUCUCUUUCAUCUUCCUCUGUUCAUUCCUGAUGCUGAAUCUGUUUGUAGCAGUCAUCAUGGAUAAUUUUGAGUAUUUAACUCGUGACUCAUCUAUUCUUGGCCCUCACCAUUUGGAUGAAUACGUCAGAAUCUGGGCAGAGUAUGACCCUGCGGCAUGUGGCAGGAUCAGUUUCAGUGAUUUGUAUUUGAUGCUGCACCACAUGUGCCCACCGCUGGGCCUCGGGAAGCGCUGCCCUGCUCGUGUGGCGUACAAGAGACUGUUGCGUAUGGAUUUGCCUGUUGCUGAUGACAACACGGUACAUUUCAACUCCACACUGAUGGCAUUGAUUCGUACUGCUCUUGAUAUCAAGAUCGCUAAAGGUGGGGCUGAUAAACACCAGAUGGAUGCGGAGUUGCGAAAGGAAAUGAUAGCAAUUUGGCCAAAUUUGUCCCAGAAGCACCUGGACCUGCUGGUCACACCACACAAGUCAGCUACAGACCUGACAGUGGGGAAGAUCUAUGCUGCCAUGAUGAUCAUGGAGUAUUACAGACAGAGUAAAGCCAAGAAACUGCAGGCACUCCGAGAGGAACAGAACCGAACACCAUUAAUGUUUCAGCGCAUGGAGCCAGACAACAGCCAGGACAAAGGACCUGAGUUCACAGAGGUCAAUGGAGGUCAUGGGAUCAAGGAGACUCCACAGGAAAACCAUGGCAAUCUUCCUGCUGAAUCCUGGGUAACUCCUCGUACUCAUAAAUCUGCUGAUGAGAACUGGAGCACAGAGUCACCAUACCAUCAGCAGGAAAACCGACACAAUACACAGACAGUAGAAAUGAGAACGAUGCCUGUUCACUCCGACACUGACACAUCACUACCACUGGAAGGGAGGACUGUCUCCAUGCCUCGCCUCCCACUGCAUCACCAAACAAUAUCUGAUGUGAGUCCAUUGAGGCGUUCUACAUCGUCAUUGGUUCAUGGGCGUUCAGGUCGAGCCUUGAGAUUGGAUGAUUACUCUCUGGAGAGGGUGGAGUCUGAGGAGGGACCUAGACAUGGGAGAAGGAGGAAAGAGAGAGAAAGAGAGAGGGAACGAAAUCAUCGCACUUCAGAGAGAUCACUGGCUCGUUACACAGAUGCUGAUACAGGUCUAGGUACUGAUCUCAGCACCACCACACAGUCAGGUGAACUUCCUUCUAAAGAGCGGGAGAGAGAAAGAGGAAGAGCCAAAGACCGGCGACAUCAUCACCACCACCACCAUCAUCAUCAUCAUCAUCACAGCUCAGUGGAGAAAGAACGGUAUGAGAGAGAGCGAGAAUACCAUCAUCAUCCUCACAACAGACAUGACACACACUGGUCACGUUCACCCAGCGAAGGCAGAGACAGCAGAGCACGCAGACAGGGAAGCAGUUCUGUGAGUGUAAGUCCAGUUCCCUCAACAUCAGGAACCAGUACACCACGUCGUACACGACGUCAGCUCCCACCAACUCCACCUACACCUCGCCCACAUGUUACAUACUCACCUGCCCCCAGGAAACCACUCCCACCACCUACUCCUCUCCGUGAGCCUCCACCCAUCGGCCCACCUUCUCAUCGACACUCCCCCCGACGGGCAUCAUUCUAUGACCGUCGUUUUGAAUAUGAGCCACCAAACUAUGAGCAGAGUAUGAUGGAAGGACACUCCCGUAUGCCCCGUCAUGGCUCCACCCACCACAGUCCUUCGCAUCGUAGUCCUGCCUCUCAUCACCGACGCAUGCCCAAUGGCUACCGCUCCUCCUCCUCUCCAUCUCCACACCGUGGAUGCCCCACUCACCAUGGCACGCAACGUGCCCCACAGCCACGUCCACCCAGAAAGAGUCUUCGUGAACCAUACAGUGAGACAGAUGAGGAUGACUGGUGCUAAAAUCCUGCUCUCAAUAUUCACCACAAUCAGUGAUGGAAGCGUGUAACUACUCUCACAAACAUGCAUGGAUGGUGGAGUUUGUGUAAGCGUGCGUGUGUGUGCGUGUGUGCAAGUGUGUGUGUGUGUGUGUGUGUGUGUCAAAACCUAAAGUUCAAGCCACACACAGCAAAAAGUAAAGGUAGAUGCCUUGCAACCUGUUCUUUCUGUUUUGCAUCCCUCUCUGACUUCUGGACUACAUUACCCAGAAGGCUGUGUGAUGAAAUAGGGAGGGAGGGGCUGGAGUGUGACCUGGGGUAUAAUCAGCAUGGUUGUCUCCAGUGGGUCACCUGUCAAACUAAAAGGAAAACAAGCAAAAAAUUGUUUUAUGAAUGCAAAGAAGAAAACCAUAGAAGAAAAGUAAACAAUAAAUACAGCAUGCUCUUGUACACAAGAGCUCCUCCUACCUGCAAAACUAGCCAAUGGCAUCGCAGCCUGCUACUGAUGAGUUUUAUCAUCUUUGUUUACUCAACAUGCUGAGUGACCUCAUAGUUUAGAGCUUGGGUUCCAGGUGAGGGGCAGGGCACUGAUGACCACAGAAUGAUCAGCCAACAUCACAACCUUCACAAGUAAGUGAAGACAGAAUGAAUGGGCAGAGCAGUGGAUCAGAGACUAAUUCAUCUUCAUAAUUUGUCUUCUUUAAUAAAUUAAAUUCUUCUUCUUUGUGGAUGUUUGAGGAGCACGCACUGUUCUUUUGCUUUAGUUCCUCUUCUUGGACCUGAAGGAAACCUGCAUGAUUGAUUAAAAAACAACAACUGAACUGUGAGUGACGGAGUGGCCAUGGAUCUAUUUUAUUUAUUUUGAAGAAAUUCUCUCGUCUCGCGUUCUCUUUGCUGGUCAGCACCAUUUAUUAGUGCUACAAAUAUUUCAAAAUUCUGAUCUGUCUUUCAGAAUACAGAAGAAUACAGGAGAUACUUUCUCUUUUUUCUUUUUCUUUACUGUCAACAACAAUAGCAACAACAAUAAUAAUAGUAAUAAAUAAUAAUAGAUACAAUAAUGAAUAAGUUUUAAGUAAUGAAUAAUGAUCAUGUGACUGGUGAUAGCAGUCAUGUGACUUUGAAUUAUUGUUUUUGUUUUGCCUAUUUUUUUGCCGUUUGUUCAUUCAUGGUCUGUCUUUCUGAACACUAGGGCCCCAGCUGCAGGGACCAGUAAGUUGGGAUGCAGCCCAUAUCCUUGUGUAAGGGGACAGGAGGAGGGUGGGGGCUCUUCACUCACUUCUAAGUGCACUCCAGACUGUGGUGGACUUUGUGCCCUCAGAUCUUUUCUACUGCAGGAGUUUUAACUGUUUCAGCAUUUUUCAGCUGAUGUUCAGGGCUCAUCUGUGUGUGAGUGAGAGAGAGAGAGACUGACUGUAGUUAUUAAGUAUGUGUUAGCAUGGUCCAUGGUAACUCCAUAACCCGGCACUAACCACCAGAGGGCAUCACCUCGUCACACAGAAAGCCUCCAUGCACACACACACACACACACACACACACACACACACACACACACACACACACACACACACGCAGAAUGGACCAGAGGGAAUUUACCUUCACCAACACUGCAUGCUGUAGCUACACACCUCUUAAUACACACCACAUUAUAGUUACUGCCACUAUAUAAAAUACACACAGACAUGGUUUGUGUUUAUUUUGUUCACUACACAGUGAGAGCGCAUCUAUAAAGAAAGACAGUUCUCCCUCUGUGUGUGUGUGUGUGUGUGUGUGUGUGUGUGUGUGUGUGUGUGUGUGUGUGUGUGUGUGUGUGCGAGCUCAGGAGUUACUUGUUAGUACAUAGACAGCACUCUCUACUAAUCUAACUCUACUGUUCCUUGACUUGAUGAUGCUUCAAGGUUUAAUUAGCCUGCAUUAUUAAAGCUAUGUUUUUAUCACAGCAUAGAAUUAAUUAUAGAAUAUUCUGGUACAGUGAUAGUUUUAGUUUCUUUGAGUUUAUUUAGUUUGCUGAGGGAUCAUUUAGUUUACUCAGAAUUAAAUGAUAUAUUAAUUCAACACAAUAACACACAAACCAAACCUCAUAAAUCUGCAUCUGCUGAUACUACAGAAAUGAAGAGAAACUACACUGCUUCUACACUCUGUGUGUGUCUGUGUGUGUGUGUUUGGUUUUGUGUGUGUGCGUGUGUGUGUGUGUUUGGUUUUGUGUGUGCCUGUGUGUGUUUGGUUUUGUGUGCGUGUGUUUGGUUUUGUGUGUGCCUGUGUGUGUGUGUGUGUGUUUGGUUUUGUGUGUGUGUGUGUUUGGUUUUGUGUGUGCCUGUGUGUGUGUGUGUGUGUGUGUUUGGUUUU